CCUUCUUCUCGUCCAACCAACACUCGACGUCGCACAUUGUACCAGUAGACGACGAUGACGAAUCUCACACUCUAUUCGCUCACCGCACUCCUUAUCCUCGACUCUUCGGGGAGCCGCAUUCUAGCCAAAUACUACUCCCCUCCUGCAGCAGUCGCGGCAGCAGCAGCUGCUGCUGCUGCCAGUUCUGCCGGAAGCACAGCAACUACCACACCACACCAACCACCCAAUACACCGCCUCAGCUGACCCAAGCCAGUCCGUUCCCAACACUUAAGGAGCAGAGGGCCUUUGAGAAGUCUGUGCUGGAAAAAGUAGCCAAGAAGGGCUCGGCCGCGGCUGCUGCUGCUGCGACUGGCAAUGCUGCUACCGAAAUCCAACUGCUGGACUCGCAUCUGCUUCUGUCCAAGUCCAGCUUGGAUGUACACUUGGUCGUGGUAGCACCUGCAGAGGAGAAUGAAUUGAUGGUAUCGCAUGCGCUCUCCAAUCUGUGGGAGGCGCUGAGCAUGCUGCUUGCUGGACAAGGAGUCGAGAAGAGGACUUUGUUGGAGAAUCUGGACCUGGUGACAUUGGCAGUAGACGAGGCGGUAGACGACGGAAUCAUCCUAGAGACAGAUCCAGCAACGAUUGCCUCUCGGGUCAGCAGGCCAAGACCAGAUGCAACGGAGAUUCAGAUCAAUGAGCAAACCAUCAUGUCUGCCUACUCAACAUUGAAGGAGAGAGUGGCAGCCAGGAUUCUGCAAGGUUGAUUGCCAAUUCAAUACCCUCUGUCUUGUCACGCAAUGCAUCACACUUGUUCCAGCUUGCCUGAAUGUCAGAGGUCUUGGAAGCGUGACCAUUACAAACGAACGUCUAGAGCGCAUAAGUGACAGGACGGAACAGAGUAGCCUAAAAGGAUUGAGGUUGCCAAAUAUGAGGAAGGCCCCACUCUCACGUCGCUCAGAAGGGCCUGGCUCGCGAGUCGCCCCUUCCACG